AUGGCGAAGACUGAUGUUAGUACUGAUGGAUAUAUUCUUAUUUUUGAUGAUUUAUUUGAAAAAUUACAAAAAUUAAAAGAUAAUGAAAAAGACAAUAUAAUAGAAAAAACUUUUGGAAUCAUUAGGGACAUACCUAAUGUCAUGUUCUUGAAUUUAGUUGAUCAUAAACUAUUUAUAGAAAUAAGAUCAAGAUUAAUUGAUUUAUUAGAAAAAGAAUCUAAGAAUGGAUUAAAUGAACAGGAUACCGAGAUUCUGGAUUUGAUAGUUGAAGAAUUAGCAUUGGAAUAUCGUUCCGGGAAACGUGAUAUACGAAAUGAAGAAAUAUAUAAUAAAUUAUUAUUUUAUCCUCCAUUAUUAAACGUAAUAAAAGCAAAUAUUGACAAUAUAUCAUUGAAAUCAUCAUAUGAUCCAGUUGUAAGAAUUAUUCGGACAUUGGUAGAUAGAUUAAUAUAUUUAUCAGAUCUUUCUGAUGAUGACAAAACCAAUAUGCUUAAACCAAUAUUCGAUUCCAUAAUGGAAUUUGUAACUAAGAGUGAUGGUAGCGAAAAACACAAUGAUAUAUUACCAUAUUAUAUACGUUUUAUCACAUUUGAUGGUUAUCUUGAAAAAUCGAUCAUAGAUGAUGAUGUUAUUGAUGCUAUUUUACAAGUGCCUAUGUUGUCCAGUACGUGUCUAAUGGGACAUAAAUUAUUUCCGAAAAUCAUAUCAAUAUUAACAAAUUUAUUUGAUAAAUGGUUAACAUUAAAUGAACAUGAUAAAUUAAUUUGUUCAAAAAUAAUCGAUAUAUUCCAAAGAACAUAUCAUGGAUGUCUAUCUGGUGGAUUAAAUAUGAUAUUAGAUCGUUCAACAUUAGUAAACACAAUAAAAAUAUGUUUAGAAAAUAGUUUAAACAUAAACACAUAUGAUGAUCAAUAUUAUUUAAAUUUGACGAAAUUAAUAACUAAAUUAACAGUGAGAGAUCCUAGAGAACGUGAUUGUUUAGAAGUUAUAUUAAAACCACUUGAUCAAUUGUUAUUAGCACAUAUUACUUCAAUUAAUUAUAAAAAUUCAUUUGAACAUAUUCAACUCAACUCAUGUACCUAUACUGAUAAAGAUGAAUUUUUUUUAUUUACUUGUGUAAAGUAUAUCUUUAGUGCAAAAGAAGAUAUAAAUAAUGAAUUAUUUAAUAGAAUGUCACAAUCUUAUGACUCUAUGUUAAAACAAUUAAUAUUUAUAUCAAAUAGAUUUGAAAAUAAAUCAAUUAUAAGUUCAUUCAUGUAUAUUAUUCUAAUUUUAAAUAGAUUAUAUACAACAAAACAAUUCUUAAAUGUCAUUGAUGAUCUAAUGUUAUUAUUCAAUAAGAUGCCUGUUGAUUCUCUACUGAAAGAUAAUAGUCAAGAGAAAUAUAAUUAUGCAAAUAGAGUUCACGGUGAUUGGGAGUGGCAGUAUUCCUUUCCAGAAAAUUUGGAUUCAUUAAAGGAAAUAAGUAUACCAGAGAAAUUCAUUUAUAUUACAUUAAACAAGAUAUAUGCUUGUGUAUGUGAUUCGGAUAACAUUUCAAUUGUAAAAGAUAAACAUAUAACAGAAACAAUAUUAAACUUAACAACUGUUAAUUCUCAAUCAAUCCAACGUCUUGCUUAUAAUAUAUUAGCAUUAGUUAUGAGUAAAGAUGAUGUUAAAAAAUUAGCUCAACCUGAUCAAAUAAUAUCAAUGUUUAUUGGAUUUUUAAAAGAGGGUCAUGAAAAUUCUACUUACAUAUUUGAGUCUUAUCAUACAGAAUUAAUCACCACACUGAAAGCUUUAUUACAACAUGAUCAAAUAAAAGAAGAAUUUAUUAAACAAGAUGGUUUAUCAUUUAUUAUAAAAUUUUUACAAAUUCUUGAUGAAGAUGGUAAUUCACAUUCAAUAACAAAUAAAUCAGAUGCAUUAGAAUUAAUAUGCAUAUUAGCAUAUGAUGAACAAGUGGCACAAAUUCUUAAACAAAAUCAAUUAUUUAUGACAACUUUGAAAUCAAUUUUAACAAUGGAAAGUGAUAAAUAUGCAUAUGAUCAAGAAGCAGAAGAAAAAGUUGUUGAACGUGUAAAAAAAGCUGCGUAUGAUGUUUUACGAGUAUUAGAAAAUGAAGAGAAAACAUUAAAUAAUAAUAAUAAGACGAAGAAUGAGCAAUGA